AUGAGCCAGUCUGGUCCUCCCGCCGACGCAAAACAAGCUCACGCCGCCGUUCUCGCCGACGCAGAAGCCGCUAUCAAACGCAAACGUGCCAUCGACACCGCCCUGGCCAGCAUCGAGAACGCCAUUCACGAUUACGAGGGGAACUAUCUCAUGAGAUCUGCUGCAAUGGGCGGAAACAUCAUCAGAGUGAGUGGUAAGAAGUAG